UCUUUCCGUACUGUGCGGUGAAAGGAUGAAAAAUUGAAUUGUGGGAGUGGAGAACUCUCCAUAUAUGAUUUGUAGGACAAGUUGAGAUUCAUUUAAUCAUAUUUUUAUUGUCAUGCAUGCAAUUUGAGAAAGAUUAUGACUUUGAUGCUUUUGAUUUCUUUAAAAGAUAUUUACACGUUGUUGAUGCUUUGAGAUUCAUCAACCAUCUAAAUCAAAUAGAGAAAAUUCAACACAUAAUCUUUAAUGAAUUCUUUUGGGUAAAUGCCACAUUUGGUCACUAAGAUUAUUAAAUCGUAUCAUGUUUAGUUAUUAGAAAGUUUUAAAAUAAAUUUUGGUCACUCGAAUUACUGGAACAUGUCACAUUUAGUCACUCUCACGUUAGCCUCCGUCCAACUCCGGUCACUCGAAUGACUGAAACAUGUAACAUUUAGUCACUCUAAUUACUAAAACAUGUCACAUACCUGUUCCAGUAAUUCGAGUGACCAAAAUUGAUAUUAAAUUUUUCUAGUAACUAAAAAUGACACUAUUUAGUAAUUUUAGUGACCAAAUGUGGCAAUUACCCGAACGCAAGCAAACGCUACCGUUUGACAGUAGAUGGAUCCUUUUGCCUACCACUACCAACCAGCAAAGAUGAAAUUAAAAAAAUUCCCUGCCACAAUCACAAAGUAUCUCUAACUCCGAUGGGCCUUUCCAGCAGACCCGACACUCCCGAACCAGACACCGAAUCCUCUCUCCUCCUCCAUCCAUCAGAAAAUCCGCCGCCGAUCUCCUCCAAGGUCCCAGAGGACAGUUACCACCUAGCCUACAUAAUCCACUUCACUCUCGGCUUCGGCUACCUCCUCCCAUGGAACGCCUUCAUCACCGCCGUCGAUUACUUCUCCUACAUCUACCCGGGCGUCUCCGUCGACCGGAUCUUCGCCGUCGCUUACAUGCUCGUCGGCCUCAUCUGCCUCGCCGUCAUCGUCUUCUACGCCCAUAAAUCGGACGCUUAUAUCCGGAUCAAUGCGGGUCUGAUCCUGUUCGUCGUCGUCCUCCUGGUGCCUCCGGUUCUCGACACCACUUACAUCAAGGGUCGGGUCGGGUUGUACGACGGGUUCUAUGCCACCGUCGGGGCUCUGGCUCUUACCGGGUUGGCGGAUGCUCUGGCCCAAGGUGGGCUAAUUGGGGCCGCUGGGGAGCUGCCUGAGCGAUAUACGCAGGCUGUCAUCGCUGGAACAGCUGGCUCUGGGGUCCUUGUUUCAUUUCUAAGAGUCUUCACCAAAGCUGUGUAUUCACAGGAUCCAACUGGGAUCAGAAACAGUGCAAACCUCUAUUUCAUAGUUGGGAUUGCAGUCAUGGGCAUCUGCAUUGUCUUCUACAAUGUGGCACAUAGACUCCCAAUCAUGCAGUACUAUGCUGAUUUGAAGGUUCAGGCUGUAAACAUGGAAAGAGACAAGGGUUCUAUGACGGGAGCCCAAUGGAGAUCAAGCUUGUUGGGGACAGUGGGGAGUAUCAAGUGGCACGGGGUCGGGAUCGUCCUAAUCUAUGCCGUCACCCUGGCCAUCUUUCCAGGCUACAUAACAGAGGAUGUGAAAUCCGAGGCCAUGAAGGAUUGGUAUCCAAUCCUCCUCAUAUCCUGCUUCAACGUGUUUGACCUUGUUGGCAAGUCAAUGACUGCCCUCUACAUGCUUCAGAACUGGAAGGUUGCAGUUGCUGCUUGCUUUGCCAGGCUGCUCUUCUUCCCUCUCUUUCUGGGUUGCCUGCACGGCCCUGAAUUCUUCAGAACCGAGGUCCCUGUGUCGGUGCUGACUUGCCUCUUGGGACUUACCAACGGCUAUCUGACCAGUGUGCUGAUGAUUUUAGCUCCAAAGUCUGUUCCUUUUCACCAAUCUGAGACUGCGGGGAUUGUCUCUGUCUUGUUCCUCACUCUUGGUCUGGCUAUAGGUUCCAUAAUAGCCUGGUUUUGGGUCGUCUGAUGUAUAAUCAACGCCGGCUCCGAGGCCGCUUGAAGUGUAUGCUUUAAACCAGGGGCGCAAACUGAUGUAUGGAAAUGGUGGCAGCACUUUCCUUUGUAUUCAUUCUCUUGAUUGUGUAUAAAGCAAACUAGAUCCGUCCCCAAUGCGAAAGGAAAACUGGGGUGGGAUGCGCAUGAUGAAAAACUCUGAAAAGUUCCAAUUUUUAUGUAAAUUUGAUAACCUUGUGUAGCCUACUUGGACAUCAGAAGAAAGCAAUCGCUAGCCUUUGUUUUAUUACGUGUUCGCAUGAAAUUUAAGAGCGUCGCUGGUUUAAAAGCUGGCUCUGGUUUUGAAGCUUAUAUACGCUACUUGUUAGUUCUUAAGUAAGGACGUUUACCUUCUACGAACCUAGUUAUAGUUUUUACUAGGCUUAAUUGCAAGUUUGGUCACUCGAAUUGCUACAAAAUUUCACGUUUGGGCACUAAAAUUGGUUUAUUCCA